UGUACAAUUCCUCUGAAACGCUUACACUCUAGCCUCGUUUUGUAAUUAGUGCUUUGUCAUUGGCCUGUAAGUAAGAUUAUACCAAACUGUUUUAAAGGUAAAGAUUUUUUUUUAUCAUAUCAACAUAAGUGAUCAUUCGGUAUGGCAGGUAUUGAAAGAUAUAGUUUUUCUUUGACAACUUUUAGCCCUUCAGGAAAGUUGGUACAGAUUGAAUAUGCUCUUGCAGCAGUUGCAGCUGGCGCCCCUUCUGUUGGCAUCAAAGCUUCGAAUGGAGUUGUACUGGCUACAGAGAAGAAGCACAAAUCUAUUUUAUAUGAAGAGCAUAGUAUACACAAAGUGGAAAUGAUUACUAACCAUAUAGGAAUGGUUUAUAGUGGAAUGGGCCCUGAUUAUAGACUUUUAGUGAGGAGAGCAAGAAAACUCGCCCAACAGUAUUAUCUGACUUAUGAUGAACCAAUCCCAACAGCACAACUUGUUCAACGAGUGGCUUAUAUCAUGCAAGAAUACACACAAUCUGGUGGAGUCAGACCAUUUGGUGUUUCCUUACUUAUUGCUGGAUGGGAUGAUGACAGGCCAUAUUUAUUUCAGUGUGACCCUUCAGGUGCAUAUUUUGCUUGGAAAGCUACAGCUAUGGGGAAAAACCAUGUAAAUGGCAAAACAUUCUUGGAAAAAAGAUACAGUGAAGAUUUAGAGCUCGAAGAUGCUGUACACACUGCAAUCCUGACGUUGAAGGAAGGGUUUGAGGGACAGAUGACAGCAGACAAUAUUGAAAUUGGAAUCUGCAAUGCCAAAGGUUUUCAACGUCUUUUGCCAUCUGAAGUAAAGGAUUAUUUAGCUAACAUUUCGUAGCUGCUCAUGAUUUCAGUUUUCUUACUUUUGAAGAAAAGUAACUUAGCUACAAGUCUUAAUUAUUGUAUUGUAGAAUGCUAACUAACUAUACGUUACGUAUGUGUCAAUUUGAUUUUUUUUUUGUUUCCUAGGUAUUGCCUGUUUGUAUAACAUUUUCAAUUGAACAUGUUGAUUUUUUCUCUGUUUGGGUUUUGUCAAUCAUACUUUACUGAGAAUGAUACCAUUCAAUAAUAUGUAUAGUAUGUUUAAACAUUCAUAUUGCUUUUUUUAUCUGAUGUACGUCUUUAAAAUCUUUAUUAUGUAAAACAAAAAUAUGAUAGCGUUAGGAGGUAUAAGGUAAUUAAAAAAACACGGAUGCUAAAAAACAUGUAAACCAUACAUAAUGGAGAUUAAAGAAAAAUGGUGAAAAAUUGA